CUGGCGGCCGCCACGGUUCCGGUUCCGUUCCGGUUCCGGGUGUGGGGCAGCCCCGGGCCGGCUCCGGCGGGGCCAUGGCCGCCGUGGGCGGGAGCCGCACGCAGAAGAUCGGGACCGUGUUCAGCCGGGCGCGGAACCUGGUGCGCAUCGGGCUGCUGGAGAAGCCGCUGUGGCUGGACGUGUACGCCGCGUUCCCGCCGCUGCGGGAGCCCGUGUACCGCGUGCCGCGGCCGCGCUACGGGAGCGCCCGGGACCGCAUCGCCCCCAUCUUCUACCGGGAGGACACCGUGCGAGCGAGGUUUUACCAAGUUUAUGGCAAUGGCCCCAGGCCUUUCAACCUGACACAGUUAAACUUCAAAUCGACUUGCCAGAGGUUUGUGGAGAAAUACAAUGAACUGAAGGAAGAGGGGAAAAUUGAAGAGGAGAAAUUGUUUGAAGAAACAGGAAAAGCCCUUUUAGCCAGCGGGAUCAUUUUACAGAGGAGAGGAGUAGAUAAAGUGUCCCAGCAGGAGCAGCAGGGUGCUGGAUCCAGGGAUCCUGCCUUGCAGCUGCAGCUCCACGCUGUGCUGGAGGAGCUGCAGGACAAGAGGAAGGACGGGGAGGAGCAGCCACCAGAGCAGGCAGGGACACAGAAGGAGAGCCCCUGUCCCUCCUGACAGCCCUGCUGAGCUGUGUCACCUGCCAGGAGCCAGCCUCCAGCCCUCUCUGGGGACAUUUCCCUGGGGGUCCUGGUGCCCUCCAGGCUUGUCCAUGUGACACGUUCCCCUCUGUCCAGCUCCACAUGGAUAAAGUCACAGAUAAUCUUGGGGUUUUUUUAGGGCUCACGACUGUUUUCUGAAAUCCAGAUGGAAAAUGCAGAGUGUAAAAGUGGAAAAUUAAAACAUUUUCUUUAAAAACGGGAA